AUGCGCCGUACACGUCUAGUGUGCACGGCGACGCCGGAGAAGUUUAGCAUCCUUGGAACCACUCAUCCUAAGCCGAAGCGCAAUGGCAUGGGCCGUAACAACAAGAUGCGCAGCAAGCCUAGCGACAACGUGGCGUGGUACGACAAGGGUCCUGUGGAGUGGCUUCCGCGCCCCGUUCGGCUCACUUACGACCAGCUCGACCAGCUGCGCGACUGGAUGAUGCGCGAGACCAUUGCUGGACGCACGGAGGAGUUCAACAAGAUCCGCCACCUGCACCGGGAGUGGUCGCAGCACCCGCUCAUGCCAGUACUUGGCGAUGUCGAGCCGAAGUUUCCGCUCAACUUGUACAAGCAGAACCAUCGCGCGAAGAAGCGCUUCCUGGUGCGUUGGCACAAGGCAAACAGUCCAACGUACUGGAUGUGGAUGCCGCGUGGUCCGGCGGUGGCGACUCCUCUCCACCGCUCAAGCCCCUCACAGUUUCCGGAGCAUUGGAAGGCCCUAGCACGCAAUAGCAGCAGCAGCGGCGGCAGCGGCAGUAGCUCCGUAGCUCAAUAA